AUGGUGAACGAGUGUCAGCGCACCGCGUCUUUAACGAUCCGCCUGCGCUGGGACGGCGGAGGCGGACAGCCCUGUGUUGGGCACGCACGUCCCGGAGGACAGCUCGCCGCGGUGGACCACUUCGGGAAACCCCUGUUUGAAGUGGAGCGGGCGGGCUAUCGACCGGAGGAGGACGUGCCCAAGUACAGAGGUGGUGUUGUGUGGUGGUAA